CCGCCCUCCGGUCCUGAGGAGCCCGAGCUGCCCGGAGCCCACACCGCCUCCUUACCCGCGCCGAAGUCAACCGGCCAGACCCGGCCCGGCCACACUGAGCGCUGCGCAAGCAGGCAGCACUAGCCCCUCUGAGCGCAGGACGCCCUCCCCAAGGACAUGAAGCUGUUGGAGAACUCGAGCUUCGAAGCCAUCAACUCGCAGCUGACGGUGGAGACUGGAGACGCCCACAUCAUUGGCAGGAUCGAGAGCUACUCGUGUAAGAUGGCGGGAGACGACAAGCACAUGUUUAAGCAGUUCUGCCAGGAGGGCCAGCCCCACGUGCUGGAGGCGCUGUCUCCACCCCAGACGUCGGGCCUCAGCCCCAGCAGACUGAGCAAGAGCCAAGGUGGUGAGGAUGAGGGCCCGCUGAGCGACAAGUGCAGCCGCAAGACGCUCUUCUACCUGAUUGCCACGCUCAACGAGUCCUUCCGGCCUGACUAUGACUUCAGCACAGCCCGAAGCCAUGAGUUCAGCAGGGAACCCAGCCUCAGCUGGGUGGUGAACGCAGUCAACUGCAGCCUGUUUUCGGCCGUACGGGAGGACUUCAAGGCCCUGAAGCCGCAGCUCUGGAACGCAGUAGAUGAGGAGAUCUGCCUGUCCGAGUGUGACAUCUACAGUUACAACCCGGAUUUGGACUCAGACCCCUUUGGGGAGGAUGGCAGCCUCUGGUCCUUCAACUACUUCUUCUACAACAAGCGGCUGAAGCGGGUUGUGUUCUUCAGCUGCCGGUCCAUCAGGUGGGCGCCUGGCCGCCUCCUUUCCCUCAGCCCCUGCUUUGUCACAUGCCACUUCCCCAGCUGUACCCACCCCGCUCCUGACUUUGUCCUCCCUGGGGUCAGCAACGGGUCAGGGACAGGCAGUCCUAAGACCCGUUCCCACACCUCCCCCAGCGGAUCCACGUAUACCCCCUCGGAGGCCGGCAACGAGCUAGACAUGGAGCUGGGCGAGGAGGAGGAGGAAGAGGAGGAGGAGGAGGAAGAGAGCGCAAGUGGAGGCAGUGAGGGCGGACCCGAGGAGACCAGCGCCAUGGAGGAGGACAGGGUCCCGGUGAUCUGUAUGUGAGGACGAGGAGCAGAGGCCCCAGCUUCGUUCAGCUUCAGCCAGUGCCUGGAACCCUCACUUGAGGGUGCCCCAAGGCCUCCCCAGCUGGUGGUCAUCCCGGGGCUUGCCAAGGCUGCAGCGCCGCCCAAGGCCACGCCCACCUAGCCCUUUGGCUCCCGCCUGCAGACGUCUGCUCACUCCCACGGGCUCCAGCUGCCCAUGUUGUGGUCGGGCUGGACAGCACAGGGCCUGGUGGGAAGAGCCACUGCCCUGCCCCGACGAACUGACACAGGCAGGGACAGCUGGACUACAGAGUUUAUUUUUGUAUUUCGUGCCGGAUCAGGCCUGGGCCUGCACACUCCAGCCCAAAGGGCCCGAGACCCAGUAAGCAGGCCCCUGCGGUCACCACGCUGGGCUUGGCCAGCCCCUGACGCCCACCUGUACCACCCUUCCCCCGUACCCUGCCCGUUGGGCAGCGUGCACUGAGUGUCACUUUGCUGCAGCUGGUUUGUUUCCAAUAAAAAAUUUCUGUGAUUUA